CAAACACUUUCACGUAACAAAACUCAAAAAGGAACAGAAAAAGUGGAAAAAAAAAUCAAUGUCUUUUCUUCAUUUCCUUCUUCACUUCACGAUUUUCCUUCUUCUUUUCCAUGAAAUCUUUUCUUUUCCUUCCAACCAAACACUCUUUUUACCACUCAGAAAAACCCACGGCGGUCACCGUCCACUACCCACUUCCGCCGCCAGUGCUGCCACCAACAGGCUUGCUUUCCACCAUAACGUUACUCUAACGGUUUCACUAACCGUCGGGUCGCCGCCGCAGGAUGUUACGAUGGUACUGGAUACAGGGAGUGAGCUUUCGUGGCUUCACUGUAAGAAAACGCCGAAUUUAAAUUCCGUUUUCACCCCUCAAGUUUCCAAGUCUUACAAACCCGUCCCUUGUGGUUCCCCGGUUUGCAAAACCCGUACACGUGACUUACCCGUUCCCGCUUCAUGCGACCCGAAUAAUAAACUAUGCCACGUGGCCGUCUCUUAUGCUGACGCUUCAUCAAUAGAAGGAAAUCUCGCGCACGAGAAUUUCGUAAUCGGAUCUUCGACCCAACCCGGGUUUUUAUUCGGGUGUAUGGAUUCGGGUUACAGCUCAAAUUCGGAGGAAGAUUCCAAAACAACCGGGUUAAUGGGCAUGAACCGCGGGUCGUUAUCUUUCGUUAGUCAAAUGGGAUUCCCCAAAUUCUCGUAUUGCAUAUCGGGUUUCGACUCCUCCGGGGUUUUACUCCUCGGUGACGCGAGUUUUUCUUGGCUUGGGGAGUUGAAUUAUACUCCUUUAAUUCAAAUAUCCGACCCGUUACCAUACUACGACCGAGUUGCAUAUACGGUUCAAUUAGAAGGUAUUAAAGUUGGGAAUAAAAUAUUAGACCUACCAAGAUCCGCUUUUGUACCCGAUCAUACCGGUGCGGGCCAAACAAUGGUCGACUCGGGUACCCAAUUUACUUUCUUAAUGGGUCCGGUUUACACCGCUUUACGAAACGAGUUUUUACAACAAACGAGAAGGGUUUUACAAGUUUACAACGAUCCGAACUUCGUAUUCCAAGGGGCGAUGGAUUUAUGUUAUCGGGUCAUGGGUUUGUCUCGGCCAAGUUUCUCGAAUUUACCGCGAGUUAGUCUAAUGUUUCAAGGAGCUGAGAUGAGUGUAUCGGGCGAGAGGCUAUUAUACCGGGUACCCGAUAUGAACAAAGGGAGUGAUUCAGUGUAUUGCUUCACAUUUGGCAACUCUGAUCUCCUAGGAAUCGAAGCGUUCGUGAUUGGCCAUCAUCAUCAACAAAACGUGUGGAUGGAAUUCGAUUUGGUGAAAUCAAGGGUUGGAUUUGCUGAGAUCAGAUGUGAUCUUGCAGGUCAAAAGCUUGGUAUUGGACCCUUAGGGCCCCACAAAAAAAGAAUGUAAAAACGUUGUGAAAGGAUUUUGGAUGGAUCCCACAUCGUCCAAUCUACGGCCCACCUGUUUUGAUGGAAGGUGGACCAUUGAUCGGACAAUGUAUGGUCAUGAUUGGAAAAGCAUGGGAUUCUUUUCUUUUCUUUUCCUUUUUUUUUUAUGUAAAUAAAAAUAUUUUAAAAUUUUGAUUUUCUAAAUCUAUGUCGAGGCUUUUAAGGGUAAUAUUAAAUAAAUAUAUAUUGAAAAAUAUAUUUGUAAUUUUUCGUGUUAGUCGCAAAAAUAUAUUUACAUCAGAUAUUGUUGUGUAGUAUUAAUUAUAUGGUUUAAUUUUUUUUUACCUAUAUGUUUCUAUUUUGAGAGUAUUUCAAAAUAAUAAAUAAUUUUAUAUGUCAAUUUGGACUCGUGUUAUCUUAAGUUUUAUUUUUUUCAUUGUUUACUAAGUUUUCAGUUUUAAAAGUUUUUGCUUGCUCUUGUAGCACGUUUUUUAAUCUUGCUUAUGCAUGUAAUAUUAGUUUUACAAGUGAUUUUAGGGAUGAUUUUGUUGCCGUCCUUUCUAGUUUGGCGAAUGCUCCAUUCUUCUGUCGAUUUUUGCUUGUCACUUUGGACCAUCCGAGGUUGAUUUCCUUAUCGUAUUUAAGUGCUGGCAAUUACUCCAAAUAUGUCGUGCUUGAGUUGUGAUAAAGCCAAUUGUCAACGUGUCAUAAUGUUCUAUUGAUGCUGAGGCUAAAGCUUUUGUUGUGUUGAUGGAGUUUGUCAUUCAUCAUCUACAACGAGUGUUUGCUAAUUUUUUUCUUAAUUGUAUGAUUUCAUUCAUCGAAUGAAUUAAUGAUUUUACCUUAAAAAAGAUUUCGAAUUAAUUUAAA